AACCCAUAAAACAAGGGUUAGCUCCGCAGCUGGUCCAAAAGCAAGGUAAGUAGGUCCAUUACCGGCCGGCUCCGGACCGAAAAGACCUAACGGAGUAAUCCCUUAUCUCGGAUCGGAGAUGCUAACGGGGCAGGAAUCGAAGUGGGGGACCUAUCUACCGCCUGUGUCUAUCUCCUGUCAAGUAUGCUCCCCAGACAUAGACUAUGUAUAGGGUAGUACUCUUGGAUAUAAUAUCACCGCGUGAACGUGAACAUAACAUUAAGUUACGAAUGUAACUCCCGAGGGAUCGACCACUAUUCUAAAUAAAGUAAGGCGGAGAAUUGUUGUUCAUUGGAGCGCCGGAGUGCGGGGGUUGUUCCCAUCAUAGAAGUCGGAGUGUGGGACUGAGCCUUCCGAAUGAUAAAGAAAAAAAAGUGCUUAGUUUCGUUGGAAAAACCAACGCAAAUAUCAUAUUUACUUUAUCUCGCCCGGAUAGAUAGAAAAGGUUAGAGAGAGUUACUUUAUGAAAUUGUCUCCUUUCUAAAGCUGCGCAAGGCGGCCCCACCCCUCUUUUCCCCCCUUUAAUGAAAGACCCUCGCCCCCAAAAAAUGGGAUUAAUUAAAAAAAAGCUUUUUGAUUGAUUCAGGGCGCAGCGAAACCAAUUUAUUGAAAGGCAAAAGGGGGACUUACUUACUUGACUUUUCCUGACGCUGAGUCAUCCUAUUCAAAUCAAAUUUAGCUAUGUUAAUCGAACAGGAAAAGUUUUCAGAUGAUAUGGACCCUGGACGAGAACCUCCAAUUGCUUAGGGGUCGCACUCUGUCCCGCUUGGUGGACGAAAUCUUCUCUCCUUUUAUAAUUAUUUCUCCCGCACACCUUUGCCCUCUUUCACCGAAGAGGAAAGAAAAAUCUUCCAAGUGGACAGAGACCUAAAUUUCCAUUAGAUUCAUUCCUAAGCUUGCUUUGUUGCAGUAAGAUGAUCAGUCCGAGAGUGCUGGGGAGAAGAUAAAGCGGUCAAAACCCCUCAGAUUCGGUCACCGAGCAGUCGUCCGACUCUUCAGUAACCCAGGAUGACCCCUUCGACGCUCGCUUCUUUCGCUGUAUACCCCCUCCAUCCUUCGGAGGUGGAAGAAAUAAAAGGUACUAUAAAAAAUGUUGUAUUUAUUCUUUUUAAGUAGGGCCCCAGAACGAAAAAAAGGUGGGGGAACCUGAGUUGUCACGAUAGGAAAGAGAAAAAAAUGACUAUAAGGAACCAACGAUUAUCUCUUCUAAAACAACCUAUAUCCUCCACACUUAAUCAACAUUUGAUAGAUUAUCCAACCCCGAGCAAUCUUAGUUAUUGGUGGGGCUUCGGUUCGUUAGCUGGUAUUUGUUUAGUAAUUCAGAUAGUGACUGGCGUUUUUUUAGCUAUGCAUUACACACCUCAUGUGGAUCUAGCUUUCAACAGCGUAGAACACGUUAUGAGAGAUGUUGAAGGGGGCUGGUUGCUCCGUUAUAUGCAUGCUAAUGGGGCAAGUAUGUUUCUCAUUGUGGUUCACCUUCAUAUUUUUCGUGGUCUAUAUCAUGCGAGUUAUAGCAGUCCUAGGGAAUUUGUUCGGUGUCUCAGAGUUGUAAUCUUCCUAUUAAUGAUUGUGACAGCUUUUACAGGAUACGUACCACCUUGGGGUCAGAUGAGCUUUUGGGGAGCUACAGUAAUUACAAGCUUAGCUAGCGCCAUACCUGUAGUAGGAGAUACCAUAGUUACUUGGCUUUGGGGUGGUUUCUCCAUGGACAAUGCCACCUUAAAUCGUUUUUUUAGUCUUCAUCAUUUACUCCGCUUUAUUUUAGUAGGCGCCAGUCUUCUUCAUCUGGCCGUAUUGCAUCAAUAUGGAUCAAAUAAUCCAUUGGGUGUACAUUCAGAGAUGGAUCAAAUAUCUUUUUACCCUUAUUUUUAUGUAAAGGAUCUAGUAGGUUGGGUAGCUUUUGCUAUCUUUUUUUCCAUUUGGAUUUUUUAUGCUUCUAAUGUUUUGGGGCAUCCCGACAAUUUUAUGAAAUUGUCUCCUUUCUAA